AGGGAGCCUUUGCGGAGCUUGAUAGCCAUGAUGUCGGACAACUCACCAGUGACGACUUUGUAAAGGGCUUGCACCGUUUGGGCUACACAGAGGAUGCCAGUGCUUUCUUCCGCUCGAUGGACUCCAACAAGACAGGGCUUUUGACCCUGAAGAGUUUCAUGAACUGCUUGGGCGAUCGGGUUUUUGAUUCCGAUGUUGAAAGGCAGAGUCCGUCCAUGCCGAGAAGCUCAAGCGAAGAUGUGUGGAAGAGUGCAAGAAUACCCAAGACACCGAGCAGCACUCCAAAUUUGCUAACCAGUGCACCAGUAGGCAGCGCAUUGAAGAGUGGAUCAGCUCUGCGCAGUUCAACGCCAGAGAAUUCAGGUUUGGCUUCGCCUCAUUUGCCAGUGGCUGGAGCGGACUUGCUCUAUGCUCGGAUCUCCCGGGUGGAGGAGCAGGUUGCGGCGGAGCAGCGCUUGCGUUGUGAGACGGAGCAGCGCUUGACGCAACAUCUCAAUAGUUUGGUAGGUGUUAGCAUUUCUGAACAGCUGGAUGUGCUGCGUGAGCAGUUGGUGGAAGAGCGCAUGCAACGGCAGGUUGAUAUUACCGCCUUGCGUGCCAGCAUCGAAACAGUGAGGUCUAUGGCUUUGCGCUCGGUGCAGGAGAAUUUGGAGGAGUGCGUGAAAUCAGAAGUCGACAAAUCUAUUGGUGACGUGCGUUUGUCCUUGAAGCAAAGUCACAUCUUCAAGAACGACCCUCAAGAAAUUGCGCAGAAGUUGGAUGAGCUCAGCAAAUCCAUGGACGGCCGUCUGUUGGAGCUGGAGAAGUCUAGCCGCGCUGCCGCGGGCGACAAACCUGAGGUCACAUCGACAAAUGAUACAGACUUGAUGCAGCUCCAGAAAGCCACUCGCGCCUUUGAGGAGCGCUUGGACCUGGUCAGUUCCAACAUGGACCUGCUCACGUCCAAUGUGGAGCUGCAAGCCAGGCAAUCAAUGCAGCUGAAAGAAGACGUAGCCGCGCUGCAAUGUGCCGAUGUCAAGGCAGGUCAUGAGGUCAAUGAGGGAGGUGAGGCGACAAGUUUCGACAAAGUUCAGGACUACGUGCGAGAGAAGAUGGACCGCUUGCGCGUGGAAUGGAGCGGCACGCUGGAGGAGGAGCGAGCACGUACUAUUGAACGUUCCACAACUCUGACGAAGGCCUUGACGCAGGAAUUUGAGCGGAGCAUUGUGGCCCAAGCUGUUGCAGAGGCUCGUACGGAGGCCAGAGCUGCGGUGGGCGAACUGGAGACAAAGAAUCCAUCCACCGGUUUGCAGCAGGCAGUGCUCCAACUGGGCCAUGAUAUCGAAGCACUGUGGCAGAAUCUGCAAGGCAAAGCACAGGGUGGAGUUCAGGAGGCGACGAGGGCAGCCGAGAAGUUGUGCCAGGAGAAGAUGGCUGCUACAGAUGCUGCCAUCAAAACGCAGGCUAUGGCCUUGGACCACCUGCAGCAGAAGCUGAAUGUUGUGGAAGAGUCACUUCGCAACAAACUACAAGCCUUGAUCAACAAACUUGACAGCAAAUGCAUUGAACACCUGCUGCCAGUGCUGCAGGAUCUAGGAACAGCGCUAAAGCAGGAUGGACGCCCAAAGAUGGUGAACGUAGAAAAGAAUAUGGAAACCAGCAUGACACGUGUCAUGGCGUCCCCUCCAGUUAUGACUCGUGGUGUGGACUGCAGCUGCAGGAGCCCUGGCCCUCCUCACAUGGUGGAUCGCCGCAUGGUGAAUCCGGCGCAAGCUCCUCUGAAUCGGAUGCGGACACCUUCACCUGCAGUGAUGACACAAGUGCCUGCAGAGAGCCCUGGCCCUCCUCACAUGGUGGAUCGCCGCAUGGUGAAUCCGGCGCAAGCUCCUCUGAAUCGGAUGCGGACACCUUCACCUGCAGUGAUGACACAAGUGCCUGCAGAAUCCUUCUGCCCUCAACCUGUUGCACCUGGCAUGCCACGACGACUAGGUAGCUGCGGCAGCUGUAGCCUUCCACUCGGCCAUCCCCAAGGGACCGCUGGAAGCCAUGGGUGAACACGGGUGGAGGACACGAGCUCUUUCCGCCCCUACAGAACCAGCAAGGUCAUGCCAGGUCUAGCCGGAGC